UGCCGUCUCGUCUGGACUAUAAACAUGGAAGAAAUGCUGAUCUAUUUUGUACGUGGGAACCGCAUGCUUUGGGAUCCCUCGCAUCCUUCUUUCUCCAAACUGGCGAUGAAGAAGAGGAGGGUGGAGGAUAUUGCAGCUCUCUUAAGGCGGGAGGUUGGCCCCGAGGAAGCCUUUGCUGUGACUGCUGAAAACGUCUGGAAGAAGUUCAGAAGCAUGCGAAUAUUCUUCCUGCGAGAAGUGAAGAAGGUUCAUGACUCGAGGAGCAACAUUGGGGAUGAUGGCUACAGCUCCACAUGGGCACACUACAACAGAAUGCGCUUCUUGCUUCAGUCUCUGAGGCCAAAGGAAAACCAAGACAGUGAUCACCCCCGUCAUAUCUCGGUAUUAGGCUCUCACUCAACUGUCAAUAGCAGCAACUUGGAAAUCAGAACUUCAACUCCUAUGGGAAAUAACAGCCCGUCAAGAUAUGAAGCUCCACCCACCCGUCAACCUAACGGGGUCAAUGAUGGACUUGCAAAAUAUGAAGCCCCCUCGGCAUCCCAGCCCAGAGUAACUAGCAGUAAUGGAGUCAAGUACGAUGGUUCCAAAACACCCCAUUCAGCUACACCCAGAGUCUCCGCUUCAUCCAGUUCAGUAGCUAGGAGUGAUAUUCACUACCAAGGUUCUCAUAGGAAACGACAGAGAACUGCCAUGCCUACCAGUGAUGCCCUGGAAAAGGUAGUGGAGUCUUUACAGAAUAUAAGGAGAGAUUGUAGUGAUGUGGCAGGAACCUUUGGUAACUUUGUGGCUGCUUCUCUUCGUGGAUUGCCAGAGGAUAAGCAGCAUGAUGUAAUGUCAGCAAUAACAAGAGUGUUAUCGGAUUCCCACAAAAACUAAAUCAUUGUGUCAUUGCUUUUCAGUGAAUGCAGAAAUUAUUGGUUUAUUUUAAUUUUUUGGAAGUUGGACCAAAAUAGAACUGAUAUUUCACUUA